AAUAAGAAGAAGAAGAAGAAGAAGAAGAAGAAGAAGAAUGACUUUAUCCUUACAUGUGCUUGUCUGAUGAAUAGUUGGGUGGGUGUGGCCUAUUUGGCGUAGGGGUGUGGCUUUCCUUCCGCCAGGCUGAGAUCUCGUACCUCCCACUCUCCUUCCCGUCGCUCUCGGUCACCAAUCUGCUACUGGUCGCUGGGGGCGUUACCAUGGUGACGGGGUUCCUGGGCUGUCUGGGGGCUCUGAAGGAGCAGCGGUGUCUGCUAAUGACGUUUUUCGUGAUCCUCCUGCUUUUGUUCCUGACUGAAGCCGCACUCGUCCUCCUUCUCGGGCUCUUCCACGAAGAGCUGGACCAUAAAGCGAAGGAGAACCUGAUCGAGGGAAUGAUGGAUUAUGACAGGAACCCUGAUCUGAAGAAGUCCUGGGACAGCAUGCAGAGAAUCUUUAAAUGCUGCGGCGUGAGCAACCACACGGACUGGUACAACCGGACGACAGAAGGACCGCCCCCUGAGUCCUGCUGCAGAGACCACAUGCCCCCCUGUCACCGCUGGGAAGAGCCGUGUUAUGAGAAGGCCAAGGCUUGGGUUCUAGACAACAUCACCUGGGUUCUGGGCUUCGGCGUGUGUCUUGGCAUCAUGCAGAUUUCUGAAACAAGAUUCAACAUUUUGCUGGUUUCAGAUGAGAGACUGGAGACACUGGACCUCCCCCUGCCCUCUGCUCCACACACUCCACCCUUUCAACACAGGAAAGUCAUACCCUGGUAUUUCUGGGAACUCAUGAAUAGCAAAAAUUUGAGAUUACAUUAUCCAAUUAUUUGAGCACUUUUCUUGGUUCCUUAUGAAUAU